CAAAGGCGUCGACCCAGUCACGCCAGUAUAGACCCAACACCAAACUCCGCCCUCGGUAUCGAUCUCAUCGACAUGUAGAUCGAUGCUUCCCGCCCCGCCCCGCCCCGCCCCCACCAGCCAGCCAGCCAGACAGACUCCUUCCAAAAUGGCGCAGGUCGGUCCUCGCGGCACACACUGGGGGGAGGACGAGACCGUCUUCUUGAUCCAGCAGCUGAAGGACUUCAACAUCCUGCGCUGCCUGGACGGCCGCAAGCACCGGAACGGCGAGGUGUUCACGAAGGUGGCCAGAGAGUUGGAGAACGCCGGCUUCUGUCGGACCCCCGAGCAGAUCCGCGUCAAGUGGAAGCGCAUGAAGCAGCUCUACGUCAAGGCCAAGAAGGACGACGCAGACGCAGCAUGUCCAUACUUUCACCUCUUCGACGACCUGCUCGGACGCCAAAGCCAGAGUCCGAGUCCGGCGUACGGCCUGGAUGUUGGCUUCGGGGCUUCCUUUUCAGGGACGUGGACGCGGCGCUCGGCAAAAAGCGACGUGGCCGAGCGCGGCGACUCGCACCUCCGCGAGAUCCGACCGGCUCCUUCCAACUUGAAAGCCGACGUGUGGCAGUACUUUGGCUUCUACGACGUGCCCGACGGCAGCAGACUGGACAAGAGCCACUGCAUAUGCAAGGUGUGUCGCUGCAAAAUCAAAUACUUGGGCAACACGUCCAACAUGAGAAGCCACGUGACCCGGUUCCACCUGGCGGAGGCGGCGGGGAGACGGCGGGACACCACGGGCGACCCCACAAACGCUGACCACACAACCCUCGAGGAUGCAAUUAAGAGCGAGCCAGAAGAUCCAAACGAUGAUCCAGAGGAGCGUCCAGAUGCCGAAGAGCCUGCAGUCAGAAUGGAAGAGACGGUUGAAUCGUCACGUUUGACUCCCUCUCCAUCCUAUGUCGAUGCAAGUCCACCUGCUUCCCAGAGAAGUCCUGCAACGGACUCAUUUGAAUUGUUAAAUGAAAGGCCAAGACCAAGGGGGCGGUGGUCUGAGGUGGAGCGCUUCAUAGCCAGCAUGGAGAGGAUCCAGUCAGUCUUGGUGGAACAGUUACGGCAGAGCCAAGAAAGGCAGGAGAGGCUGGUGAACAACCCUCCUCAAAGCAACCAGUCCAUGGUCGCCGCUCUCCUCCAAGGCAUCCAGAGUCUCAGGCCACAGCCGCCGACCACCCGCCCCCCCACCGUCAAGGAGGAGGAGGAGGAACUCUGGAUCACCCAGGAGGGGGACUACCUGGUGGAGCCGGGCCUCACCAGGGCACCGCUCGGUGCCGCCGCCUCCGUCAAGAACGAGGACCACGAAGAGAAACCGCCCAGAGUGCUCCCAGCGCCCUCUCGUUCUGAGUGAGCCUCCAAGACAAACGCUCUGAAUGCGCUAAAAAGAGAAACUUCCAGCAGCUGAUUGGUCCCACUCAGACGCAGGUGGUGAGGAUCUCCACUCUUAAGCAGAAGGAUCCACGGCCCCUCUGCAUCAAAGAAGAAGAGGUGGAGCCACAGCCCCCCUGUAUGAAAGAGGAAGAGUUCCGGACCCCUCGGGAGGGCGAGUGUCUUCCUGAUCUCACCAAGUUGCCACUGACUGUCGUCUCGUUGAAGACCGAAGACAAAUCGCCGGAGUCCUCGCAGCUUCGUCACAGUCCAAGUGAGGAGAACAAAGGGGCGGAGCCUCCGAGUUGCAGCAUGACAACAGGAGCUGUUGGAGACCCCCGUGGAGCUCCACUGUCCUUUGAGCCUUUGAGCAGCGAUACAGACUGGGAAGGUGAUAUCAGGACUCAAACCGACAACGGACACUUUGAGCGUUCUAAAAAAUGUUUUACCUGCACGUUUUGUGCCAAAAGAUUCACCCUGAAGACAAAUUUGACUCAACACAUCAGAACGCACACCGGAGAAAAACCUUUCAGUUGCUUGAUUUGCCGGAGUACAUUCUCCCGCAGGUCCACUUUAAAAAGGCACACGGGGACGCACGCGGGGGAAAAACCUUUCGCUUGCUCGAUUUGCCAUAACCGAUUCGCCCAAAAGACCGCUCUGGCGUCACACAUGCGGACGCACACAGGAGAAAAACCCUUCGGCUGUUCAGUGUGCGGGAACAGGUUCUCGCACAAGUCAUAUCUGGUGUCACACAUGCGGACGCACACGGGAGAAAAACCUUUCAGGUGUUCAGUUUGCGGGAGUACGUUUUCUCAAAGGUCCACUUUAAAGAGACACUUGCGAACGCACACAGGAGAAAACACCUCUUAGUUGCUCAUUUUGUGGUCAACGCGUUUGUCCAGAGUUGAGAUUAAACAUGUUGGUUUUUCUUAUUUGUCAUAAAUCUGCCAAAAAGAAAAUAGGAUGGAAAACAUUUAUGUAUUUCUAUUACAAACUGCAUUUUUUCUGUGAAAACCACAUUCAGACCAGAGAAUGACUCACUGUGGAAGUAUCUCUUCUCCCUUUUUGUUUUUCAACCUUUUCGUUCCAGUUAACAGUGCACCAUUUGUCCAAACGGUCGGUACUUCCGCUGUUGUUGUGUCAUGUGCUCCCCCCCCCCUCUCAAACUGAGCCUACUCCCUCCCUCCCACUUUGUAUUUAGUGUAAAAAGAACACUCAGCGCACAUUCCUUCCGUACUUGCUACAAAUGUGACCUGUGCCUUUUGAUUUGCUCGUGCUUGUCAGAUAAAUCUAAGAAAGACAAUUUUGUUUGACUACUUGAUUAGAGAAUUUCCAAUACACCUUAACACCUUGUCAUUUAAUGUGUAGAAUUUUGAGGACUAAAAUGAAUGUAUUCCAAUUUGGAAUAAGGCUGUAACGUAACAAAAUGUGGGGAAAGUGAAGUGCUGUGAAUACUUUUCGGAUUCACUUGGUGGAACUCCUAAUGACCACAGGCCAAAGCAAGUGCAGGAAGGAACCAACUUCUGAACAAAGUAAUUGAAGAUGACAUCAUUGGAAUCUAACUGUACUCAACUAAAAUAAAACUGACUGGGACAAGGUGGAGAGUUAACGAGACUCUUUCCAGGUACCAGCAGAACCUGUAGGGACACGUGUUGUACAAUAAAAGCUUGUCUUUG